AUGCAACUUCAAGAUGUUGAAAUACGUAAAUACUACAGGAACGGGCGCCAAAUUGGCGGUGGAGGGCUAGGCCGGGUUUAUAUGGUCACCAGGAUCUCAGAUGGUUGCACCCUUGUUGCCAAGGAGAUCACCUAUGCGACUCUGAGCGACGACGCCGUCAACGGCCUCAUAAAGGCAGCGAUAGAAGCUUCCGCUUUCGACCACCCCAAUAUUGUCCGCAUACACGCUAUUCUUCGCGAUCAGAAGCGACAACUGAUAUCUAUAGUACAAAGCUACCUGCCCGGCAGCAACCUUAGUAAUGUUGCCAAGAAAUACCACAUACUCAAGAAGCACUGCCCCGAGCAACUGGUUUGGUCGAUCAUCCGUCAGGUUGCAGAGGCUUUUAAUUACAUACACAGCCGUCAUUACGACUUCAACCGUAUCUACCACCGAAAUGUCAAGGGCACCAAUAUUAUACUUACUCCCGGUGGACGCGCGGUUCUCACGGAUUGCUGCCUGGUUGGACACAACCUGGAAGGUGUUUAUGACCCUUACCGCGUGAUUUCAGAUGCGGGGUACAUAGCCCCAGAAAUAGCGGAGUAUUGUCCCUUCAAGCCUCCGGCAGAUGUGUGGAGUCUUGGUACGUGUCUUUAUGAGCUUUGUCAGGGCCGCAAGCUCUUCCACACCCACACGGAAGCAACUCUCUUGACUGAGCAGAAGGGAUUGAAGCGACCGAUCCCUAUCGCCUGUUCCGAAGAACUCGCCAGGUUUAUUAAUAAGAUGUUGGAGCCGUCCCCCGAUGAUAGGCCUACAGUUGGGGCAAUCCUCUCAAAUCUUCGUGUUGCAAAUGCUUACCUGCCUGAAAACCUUGACCCUUCCCGUCUUGCGAGGGGCGAUCCUGUUCACUGUGACGCGUCUCCUGAAAGCUGUGAAGAGCACUAUCUCGUCCCUGUCGACAUACUCUUGGAUUGGGACUCGAAGUCUUCUACAUCUGCACCUACAGCGGUGCCUCAGGAGCCUUCUGGGGCACAUGAAGAGGCUCUGGCGACCGCUCCCCCUGCUGACCCUCACGCUGGGACAUCCUCACUUGCACAGGAGUUGCCUUCUCAGACUAGCAAUUUGCCCCCGAAUCGUCUAAGCGAUCCAGAAUCGGUGUCUGUUCCCGCUCUAAAUUACCAGGCCCCCUUGAUUCCAGAGCAAGUUACCACAAAACCGAAACAGGGAUCUAUUUCGGCUCGCACUGAAACCCCUUUACAAUCAAGGCUUCCUGUGGGUGUCAUCCCCCCGAAGGCUUAUUCAAUGAAAUUGUCUCCAGUGACGGCUCCUCGGGAUUCUAUGAACAACACUAGCGUAUUUACUAACCCUAGUAUAAGUGCUCAUCAUGAAGUCGACGCAAUUGUGGAGGAUGAUGACCUGGCCGUUGCUGCUGCUCCCUUAAUGACUAAAUUAGAAAGCGUUGCCCGUGAAGUUAUGUAA